CCGGGGCAGGGGGGUGGGGGGCGCGGCGGCUAUCAACUCAGAGCGGUCUAUGCUAGCUGUGCUCCCUAACGCUCAGGAAGUGAAGUUUGUGGUUUUGGGGGCUGAGCUCGGAAGGAGUUUUGAAAGAAAAAAAAAAAACAGCUAAAGAGCGCGCGGUCUUCCAGAAAGCAAGACUCAGUUUGAAAAGGGGCUGAAGAGAGCAGCGGCGCCCCAGUGCGGACCCGCGCAUGGUCUCGUCCGAGGGGGCAGCUUGGAAGCCGAGCAGGUGUGACCCCGCAGUGAACGUGGUGCCCGCGGAACCCGCGGAGAGGAACGGAGACCCGCCUGCGGCUGGAGGAGCAGGGGCGGCAGGGAUAACGGCAGAGGGACGAUGCCUCGGUCUUUCCUCGUGAAGAGCAAGAAGGCUCACAGCUACCACCAGCCGCGCUCCCAGGACCAGGACUACGAGCUCGGCUUGGAGAAUGUGCUGGCGCGGAUCUGUGCAGACAGCAAGAUGCCGGGGGACUCGAGUCCCGGCCCUUCUGAGCCUGAGCCCCAAGCACCUAUCUCUCCAGAGUCCCAACUGACUGAGGCUCCAGACGCCGUCUCAGUGUCUCCAGCCAGCUGUGAGGGCAGCGUCUGCGAUAGGAGCUCGGAGUUCGAGGAUUUCUGGAGGCCUCCAUCGCCUUCCGCAUCUCCAGCUUCCGAGAAGUCCGUGUGCCCCUCCCUGGACGAAGCCCAGCCUUUCCCGGUGCCCUUCAAGCCCUACACGUGGAACAGCCUGGCGGGCUCCGAUGCCGCCCUGCGGCAUCUGGUACAGAGCUACCGGCCUUGCCAUGCCCUGGAGCGGGGCGCCGGCCUGGGCCUCUUUGGCGAACGGAACCCAGAGCCGGGCGCUGCGGCCGCCCUCUACGGCCCGGAACGGGGCUGUGGCGGCGGGGCCUCGGAGGGCAGCGGCGGCGGGGGCAGCGGCGGCUCCGCCCUGGGCCUCUAUAGGGACUUUGGUCCUGCUGCGGUGGCGGCGGCGGCGGCCCGCCUAUACGAGCGACCGUCGGCAGCGGGCGGACUCUAUCCGGACAAGGGCUCGGGCAUCAAGGUGGAGUCCGAGCUGCUCUGCACCCGCCUCUUGCUUAACAACGGCUCCUAUAAGUGUAUCAAGUGCAGCAAGGUGUUCUCCACUCCCCACGGCCUCGAGGUGCAUGUGCGCAGGUCCCACAGUGGCACGAGACCCUUUGCGUGCGAAAUGUGCGGGAAGACGUUCGGGCACGCGGUCAGCCUGGAGCAGCAUAAAGCGGUGCAUUCGCAGGAACGAAGUUUUGAUUGUAAGAUUUGUGGUAAAAGCUUCAAGAGAUCCUCCACCCUCUCCACUCACCUGCUCAUCCACUCAGACACCCGGCCCUACCCUUGUCAGUAUUGUGGGAAGAGGUUCCAUCAAAAAUCGGACAUGAAGAAACACACCUUUAUCCAUACAGGUGAGAAGCCCCACAAAUGCCAGGUGUGUGGCAAAGCGUUCAGCCAGAGCUCUAAUCUCAUCACUCACAGCCGAAAGCACACUGGCUUUAAGCCCUUUGGGUGUGACCUGUGUGGGAAAGGCUUCCAGCGAAAGGUGGAUCUCCGGAGGCACAGGGAGACACAGCAUGGGCUGAAAUGAGUCCAAGCCAGGAUGCUGAAGCAUCAGUCAACACUAUCGGGACCCUGCUUUUUCUGUCUCAUUCACCCUCAGGUUCCUGGAUCCCAUUUCUACCCCUCCACCUCUAUUUUUCUUGUGAAUUGGAGAUGUAAUGACUUCUUACUUCUCUCAAGUCUCCAGAAGGAAUAGCAGCAGCUUAAAAAAAUAGAUUUCAACCCAAAGUGGAAGUUAAAGGACUUGGUGUAUCUUGGAAAUACUGGACAAGUUUGUAUUCCUGAAUCUUCAGACCCAAGCUGAGAUCAGAUGGCUUCAGCCACCUCUGCUUAUUCCAUAUGCAACUUGGCCCUUCCACCAAACUAAGAAGUCCUCCAGCUAGAAUCUGAGCCCUUUCUUCCACCUUUCUCCUGACCAUGUAACUAACAAUUUGAGCACUCGAAGGAUACCAAGAUCAUAAAUCAGAAUUUUUUUAGUGGUUUUAAAGGAAAGGUGAAAGAGAGGGGCUUUAUUGCUAUUUUUUCUUCCUUGGAGUUUUUGGAGAACCCUAUGUCAUUGUAAGGCCAUUAAGCUAUCUAGACUGACUGUGCACUUGCAGACUUAUUAAGACGUGGAAAUGAUUCCUACUGUGACUCACAAAACCAUAAGCUUUACCAAGUAUACCUGUGCCAGGUUAGGCAGGAGAAAGGAAAGAGAAUAUGACAUUUAUCCAAAAGAAGUUUGAAUGUUUUCCUUUGGGAAAACAAUGGAUUAAGGGUUUGCCAACAUAAGCUGAAGAACAGAACAGUGUCUUACUACUAGAAGGUCAUCUCCUGAGCAGAUAUCUACUAAGUACCCCCUGUAUUUGAACCACGGCAUCGUGGAGGGUGUCAAGCUGAGCGGUACAAAAUCCUGGCUCUCAAAUGAUCUUGUGAUAAAGGACAGGAUUGGCCACGACCAUUGCCAUGCCCUGAGAGAGGGGGGCAGUGACUGAAAGAAGUUCCAGAGGGCACUACUGGCUUUUCUAAAGACACUCUUGGGAAAGUAGCUGAAAAAAUAUUUCAGACAUGUUUGUAACUAGUUUUCUUUGUUGUUAUUAUUUGUUUGUUUGUUUGUUUUUAAUUCUUAAGCCCGUUUUGGUUAAAACCUCUGGACCUACAGACAUGUGUGGACUCUGCUUUAAACACACUUGCAUGUACCUUAGAGGAAAAUAAUGACUUUGACAAGGUUUGUCUGUAGCUGUUAUGGAGUGCAUUAUGUUUAUUGAUACAUAUUUAUUAGAGUAAAAUUUUAAAUUAAUAAAGUAUUGAGAAUGGAGCCCCAAGGAGUGCUAGAUUUGGAGUCACUGAGCCUGGGUUCAAAACCCAGGUCUUCAUCUGAUUUAGCUGUGUGCCCCUGAAGUCAAAUGUGACCACUAAACCUCUCUGACUUAGUUUCUUCAUCUGUAAAAUGUGGAAAAUAAUAGAACCAAUCUCUGUAGUUUGAAAAUCAACUGAGAUAGCAUGCAAAGAAAGCACUUUUAAACCUUAAAACCCUUUAUAAAUGCUAUCAUCAUCAUCAUCUUGGACAGAUGACUUAAAUUGCCUUUGGCUUCUGUUUCUUCAUGUAUAAAAUAAAAACAGGAUUAACUGAU